GAGCGGUGCUGGGAUAGAGAUGGAGACGCCGGGCUCAGGGACCCGGGCCUUGUUGCUCCCGGCUGCCUCCGGGCAGCCGAAGAAGCGCGCGGCGGGGGAUUCUGGGGCCGCGCCCAGCAAGCAGCGGGUGCUGGACGAGGAAGAGUAUAUCGAGGGCCUGCAGACGGUCAUCCAGAGAGAUUUCUUCCCCGACGUGGAGAAGCUGCAGGCCCAGAAGGAGUACCUGGAGGCUGAGGAGAAUGGCGAUUUGGAACGGAUGCGCCAGAUCGCCAUCAAGUUUGGCUCUGCCCUGGGCAAGAUGUCCCGAGAACCCCCGCCACCUUAUGUGACCCCAGCCACGUUUGAAACCCCCGAGGUGCACACAGGCACUGCCGUGGUGGGAAGCAAGCUCAGGCCCCGGGGCCGAGGCCUGGAGGAUGCAGGAGAGGCUGGAGAGGAGGAGGAGGAGAAGGAGCCGCUGCCCAGCCUGGAUGUCUUCCUGAGCCGCUACACCAGCGAGGACAACGCCUCCUUCCAGGAGAUCAUGGAGGUGGCUAAGGAGAAGAACCGAGCCCGCCACGCCUGGCUGUACCAGGCCGAGGAGGAGUUCGAGAAGAGACAGAAAGAUAACCUUGCACUCCCAUCAGCAGAGCGCCAGGCCAUCGAGAGCAGCCAGGCCGGCGUGGAGACCUGGAAGUACAAGGCCAAGAACUCGCUCAUGUACUACCCAGAGGGUGUGCCCGAGGAAGAGCAGCUGUUUAAGAAGCCCCGGCAGGUGGUGCAUAAGAACACACGCUUCCUGAGGGACCCCUUCAGCCAGGCGCUGAGCCGGUCCCAGCUGCAGCAGGCAGCUGCCCUCAACGCCCAGCACAAACAGGGCAAGGUGGGCCCCGACGGCAAGGAGCUGAUCCCCCAGGAGUCCCCCCGAGUGGCCGGGUUUGGAUUUGUUGCCACCCCUUCUCCUGCCCCUGGUGUCAACGAGUCCCCACUGAUGACCUGGGGGGAGGUGGAGAACACGCCGUUGAGAGUGGAAGGCUCAGAGACACCCUAUGUGGACAGGACGCCGGGGCCAGCCUUCAAGAUCCUGGAGCCGGGCCGCAGGGAGCGGCUGGGGCUGAAGAUGGCUAACGAGGCGGCCGCCAAGAACCGGGCCAAGAAGCAGGAGGCCUUGCGGAGAGUGACGGAAAACCUGGCCAGCCUCACCCCCAAAGGCCUGAGCCCAGCCAUGUCCCCAGCCCUGCAGCGCCUCGUGAGCAGGACAGCCAGCAAGUACACAGACCGGGCCCUGCGGGCCAGCUACACACCAUCCCCGGCACGCUCCACCCACCUCAAGACCCCCACGGGUGGGCCGCAGACCCCCACGAGCACACCGGCCCCGGGCUCAGCCACACGCACCCCCCUCACCCAGGACCCAGCCUCCAUCACAGACAACCUGCUGCAGCUCCCUGCCCGCCGCAAAGCCUCUGACUUCUUUUAGAACCAGGCCUGGGCUGGACCCGCGGACGUUUUGUGGAGCCUGCAGGGGCAGCUUUGCCGCUGCCCUGCCGAGAGAGAGGACUCCAGCUGCUGGGGACCCAGGCCCCGGCCACAGGUGUAUGAGCGUCACGGCCACAGAAGGACGGUGCUGGCUUAGUGAGGCCGGCACAGGACACACAGGCCCACUCCCCGGGGGUGCGGUCCCCAUGCUGCACCCCUCCCCUGCCCUGGGGCAUGAGGCAGCUUCCCGAGACUGUUUUCUAUCGAAGCCUCUCCUGUCAUUAAAGAACACUUGGUGUA